AUGCCGUACAUAGUGGCAAGCUCGCUGCCCUUCAUCUUAAGCCACCUUUCGUUCCAAACCCAGGAGCCAUUGGCCGCAUACACGCCCGUUGGGUCGGAUUCUGUAAAACUGAAGCCGGGAGAUCUGGUGCACGUCGAUUCAACGGUUCGCGCAAGAGAUGACCCAAAAGUCAUAAUCUUGCAGGGUCAUCAUGGGGGCGAUGAUACGGGUGCGCACCAGAAGCUGAUGCAUGAAUGGCGUGAUGGAUCACUACAACAAUUUCAAAAGGUGCCGUUGGAAAACUGCUUUUUGCUGAAUGAGCAACGUCUCUUGGGCGAGUUGACGUACACUUCCGCGGAUCUCACUCUCCUCACUGUGUACAUGGUAGCGGCCGGUGCACUUAUCGAGGCAGCAAAUAUCAAGGCUGGUGAGACCAUCGUCGUUGGACCUUCGGGCGGUUCGUUUGGUGGCGCUGCUGUGGAAAUCGCGCUGGCGCUCGGUGCGAAUGUCAUCGCGUUGGGAAGAAACAAGCAGAAAUUGGAAGACAUGAAACUCGCUCUUGGGAGUCCGGAUCGCCUACAGCACGUGAUGACGGGAAACGUAGAAAGCGAUGCCGUCGCGAUCAAAGGGGUCGCUCCUGAAGAUGGUGUCGACGUCUACAAUUAUUGGACACCUGGGACGCUCGCCACACCACUGUAUCUCUCGGCGGCGUCGCAUGCCCUCAAAGGUGACGGGAGAGUCGUUUUGAGCGGUGGCGCAAGCGGCGAUCUUGUGCUGCCACAUCUUGUUAUGGUUCACAAGAACUUGCAGGUGACGGGAAGGUGGAUGUACCAACCAGCUACAGCACAACUGGUUAUCAAUAUGGUGACAACUGGAUUCUUAAAGAUUGGGAAAAGAAAUGGCGCUGAGGUCGCCACCUUCAGCCUCGAUGCACACCAUGCCGCCAUUGAGAACGCCGCAAAGAACGGAGGUUAG